AUGCCGUCGAACGCUUUUAGGAACAAGAAUAAGCAUGGAGCGCUGCCUGGUGCAUCCCAUGCCCUGAUACAGACGAACAGUGGACUGCAACAACCUGGGACCACUCAGAAGCUCGGCAGACAGCAGCGGCUGACAGUUGGCGGCCCGGUGCCGUCGAACGAUGCACUUGAAUGGGGCAUUGGACGACCGACUCAGAACAAGUUCGUAGAUAGGGAAGGAAGUGUGGUAACAGUGUACGCAGCGAAGUCAAAAGCGGGGUGUUCUGCCCCUGACGUGGAGAAGAUCAACCAGGAUGCGUUUUGCCUGAUCGAAAGAUAUGGGGACUUGCCCAAUCUCUUCUGGUUUUCAGUCAUGGACGGUCACGGGAUGAAUGGUCAUCUGGUCUCAGAUGUCGUUCGUCAGAUCCUGUACAAAAACGUCCAGGAAUGCCCAGCGUUCAACAGGGAUCUAAAGCAAGCUCUUCAGAAAGGGUUUUUCAGGACCAAUUGUGAGCUCUUCCAACCGGGAAUCGACAUCACAAUGAGCGGAACCACCUGUGUUGCGUGUGUGCUUCACGGGACGACAUUGUACUCUGCUAACGUGGGAGACAGCCGGGCGAUCAUGGGCCGGUCCAAUGGCAAAGGCGGUUGGACGUCACUCUCUCUCUCUCACGACCACAAACCAGACAGACCUGACGAGGAGAAACGCAUUCUCGCUGCAGAAGGCCGUGUGGCUGCACUGAAAGGACCAAACGGAGAACCUCUCGGACCAGCCAGAGUUUGGAGGAAGGACUGCGAUGCCCCAGGGCUCGCCAUGUCCCGGUCCCUAGGCGAUUCCUUGGCAGCCUCCGUCGGAGUCAUAGGCGAACCAGAAAUUUUAGUCGCCUCUCUCACGCCUCAAGACGAUUUCAUCGUAAUUGCCUCCGACGGGUUGUGGGAGUUCAUGACGAACGAAGAAGUGGCUCAGAUUGUCUCCCGAUUCCUCGAAUCCAAAGAUCCGAUGGGUGCUUGCGACGCCCUCAUCGAAGAAUCCAACCGGAGAUGGAGACUUGAGGACGACGUCAUUGAUGACACGACCGUCGUUGUCAUCUUCCUUGAUGUUGGCAGAAAGGACGCGGGUGAAAAGCGAAGGUGA